AUAUAUAAAAAGCCCCAACAAUGAAGUUUCAGAAUAGUGCCUGUGGCUUUCCCAAAGCAGAGCUGAGGAGGCCAGAACCAGGCAGGACACUUGCCCUUCUUUGCACCCUAACAGGAUAUCAGUUCACCUGUGAUUCAUCUUUAAGGGAUGAACAGCCAGUACAUGCGCAGAGAAGUCUUCUGCUGCGAGACCUGCGAUGAGCUCAAAAGCUUCUGGGAAAAGGAAAUUAGCAAACAGACAUUUUACCGAGAACUUGAAGAAGAUCGCCAGGGCAGAAGUGCUCUGAGAAAGCUUCGCGAAGAAUGGAAGCAGAGGCUGGAGAAGAGGCUGAGGAUGCUGGACAAUCCUGAAGAUGAGGGAAAGCAGGCUAACCCCGAGAACUGAGUGUUUCUGGCAAGCCAUCAAGGGCAUCUUUUUCUAAGAGGGAAAAGACUUCCAUCUAGUUAUACUGACUUACUAAACAGAACAUCCCCUAUUUGCUCUCCCAUUUGAGAAAGGACGUAUAUGUAA